AUGGAAGAACGCCAGGACAAGGAAAAUCAAGACCUCACACCCCAAGCGACAGUGCCCGAGUUACCGAGACGCAGCGGACGAGUGCCUAAGCCCAGUUGUGCUGUCCUGGAAUCGCAAGUGUCAAAUCAAGUCAAGGAGGAAGCACGCAGGGCGGGGGAAGAUUGGGCCAAAGAUUCUAUCCGGCCGUCAGUCAACUGCGUAGACAUGCAGAACGAUUCCUACUGUGGCGAAGACAUGGCAAUUCCGUUGAUACUCGCUGGAGUGACAAAAGGAGAGUUGCCAAGGAGCGGCAGCGAGGCGAUGGACGACAGAGCGUGGAGAGAGGCAAUGAGGGUGGAGAUGAAACAGAUGGAAGACAAGGGUGUGUGGAAGCUUGUGGAUUUGCCGACGGGGGAACGUGCGAUUGACAGGAUGUGGGUUUUUGAUCGAAAAUUGGACGGUGAGGGAAAUGAAAUCAAACAAAAGGCGCGCUAUGUGGCAAGAGGCAAUCAGAUGGUGGAAGGUUGGGACUUCGGGACAAAAUGGGCAAUGGUGGCAAGGAUGGAGUCUGUGUGGAUGGUGUUCGCGGUGGCAGCGGUGAAGAAGUUACAUGUCAGACAGUGGGAUUUUUCAGGUGCUUACCUCAACGGAACGAUGGACCGGGCUGUCUACAUGAAACAGCCACGGGGGUUUGAGGAGAAGGGGGAAGAAGGCAAGGUAUGCCUUCUCCUCAGACCCAUAUACGGGCUUGUGCAAGCGGGGCACAUCUGGUACAAAACGUUGGCGGAAGGAUACAAGCGCCUGCAAUACCACAAGAACACCGUGGAUCCAUGCGUGCGGACAAGGAUGAACGGUGACGCUUACACAUUAACGAGUAUGCAUACUGAUGAUGUCAUUGGUGUGUCGUCAAUGGAGGAGGAGAGCAAGCGCGUGGUGACCGAGUUUGCGAACAUAUGGGACCUCAAGGAAGUUGACGUUAAUCUUCUCCUCAGCCUAACGGUGGAAAAGCUCGCGGACGGAUUAAUAUCAAUAUGUCAACGUCAAUAUUUUGACAAGGUCCUCGAUCACUUUGGAUUCGCCGAUCUUCCCCCGCUAUCAACCCCGCUUCCCCCCGGAUAUCAGAUCCGCGCAUCACCAACCCCGCUUGCCCCUGCUGAUGCGGAAUUCAUGGCCAACAAACCAUUUCGACAAAUCCUUGGGUCAAUUGUAUGGGCAAGUGCGGGCACAAGACCAGACUUAUCAUACACGUGCUGUGUGCUAGGACACGUACAGGCCAACCCAGGCCCGGAUCACUGGUGGCUUCUGAUUGGCGUCCUCCGAUACAUCCGCGGAACUCUGGACUACGGCCUUUGA